AUGGCGCGGCUCGGGCCGGAACAGCCGCGCCGAGGCUGCGCCCGCCCGGCCCCGCGGACAAAGGAACACGAGGCCACGGCAGAGCCCGGCAAACCCCGUUUCCCGUGCUCCCCUCCCCGCCCCCACGGCCUCCCCUCGGCACUAGAACACAGAAAGCAGCGGGAUGUGGGGACGCGGUGCCCUCCCGGCCCGGCGUGGCGGCUGGGCAGCGCCUGUGCCGCGUCCCGCUCCGUUCCUGGACCCGCCAUGCACCCCACGGAUGAGCCCACAGGCUGGCACAAGGCCUGGAUGGGCUCGCUGCCAGGGGCUGCAGCUGAAGUCAGUAUGGCCUCAGGAAAGACCCCAACCCCAGACCUGCUGAAGGCUGAGGAGCAGCAGAGUGUGAGUGCUGUCAAUCGAGUCACCAACCUGCCCUUGCUCAAUUCUGCCUUCAACCUGGUCUCGUCUGCCUACAACCACACCAAGGAGUCCCACCCCUGCCUCAGUGGUGUCUGCAGCGUGGCUGAGACCGUGGCUGCUGUGGCUGUGGGCAGCGUGGUCGGAGGGGCACAGCCCAUCCUGAGCCAGCUCGAGCCACAGAUUGCUCUUGUGAAUGAAUAUGCCUGUAAAGGUCUGGAUCAGCUGGAGCAGAACUUGCCCUUCCUGCAGCAGCCAGCAGACAAGGUGAUCUCAGACACCAAGCAGCUGGUGUCCACCAAAGUGACAUCUGCUAUGGAUGCUGCCUGUGAGGCCAAGGAAGCGGUGGCUGAUAAAGUCACUGAAGCUGUGGACCUCACUAAAAAUGUUGUUGGGGACAGUGUCAAGCUGACCAGGUCUGUGGUCACCUCCACUGUCAACAGUGCUGUGGAGGCUGCCCAGGGUGCCAAGGAGCUGGUGACCAGCAAGGUGACAGAGGCUGGUGCCAAGGAGCUGGUGACCAGCAAGGUGACAGAGGCUGUGGACCUCAGUAAGCACCUUGUGGAGGACAGCGUUGACAGGACCAAGUCUGCUGUGACUUCCACCAUCACUGCAGCUGUGGGGGCUGCCCAGGGGGCCAAGGACUUGGUGGCCAACAAGGUGACAGAUGCUAUGGACAAGGUCAGCAAAGCUGUGGAUGUCACCAAGCACAUGGUGGAGGACAGUGUUGACCUGACCAAGUCUGCAGUUGCUUCCACGAUUGUCAGUGCUGUGGAGGCUGCUCAAGGGGCCAAGGAGAUGGUGACAGACAAGGUGACCAAGGCAGUGGACCUCAGUAAACACAUUGUAGAAGACAGUGUUGAUCUGACCAAGUCUGCAGUUGCCUCUACAAUCGUCAACGCUGUGGAGGCUGCCCAGGGUGCCAAGGAGCUGGUGACCAACAAGGUGACAGAGGCUGUGGAUGUCACCAAGCACACAGUAGAGGACAGCAUUGACAGGACCAAGUCUGCUGUUGCUUCCACCAUCACUGCAGCUGUGGGGGCUGCCCAGGGGGCCAAGGACCUGGUGGCCAACAAGGUGACCGAAGCAGUGGACCUGACCAAAGAGGCUGUUCAAGACAGUGUUGAGAAGACCAAAUCUGUGGUCACCUCUACAGUCAGUACAGCAGUGAGCCAGGCAGUGGCUGGAGGUGUGGAAUCUGUCCUGGGAAUGUCAGAAGAUCUGGUGGAUCAUUACCUCCCAAUGACCGAGGAGGAACUAGGUAAACUGGCCACCACGGUGCAGGGCUUUGGUGUGGCCUCCGUGGAGGAGCAGAAGAGGCAGCAGAGUUACUUUGUGCGCCUGGGCUCGCUGUCGGGCAGGCUCCGGCACCGAGCCUACCAGCACUCCCUGGCCAAGCUGCAGGGCUUCAGGCACCGCAUCCAGGACACCCUGGCACGGCUGCAGCUGGCAAUAAAACUGAUUGAAUCAGUGAAACAGGAGGUUGGCCAGAAGCUGCUGGAGGGGCAGGAGAAGCUCCAUCAGCUGUGGGUGGAUUGGAGCCUGACUCAGCCCAAAGGAAACCAAGUCAGGACUGCGAGCCAGCCAGAGCAGGUGGAGCCGCGCACUCUGGCCAUGCUGAGGAUCAUCACCCAGCAGCUCCAGCCCGCCUACCACAGCCUCAAGCUCAGCAUCCUCGGCCUGCCCAGCAGCAUGCAGGAAGCCGUGUCUCGGGCUGCUCGACACAUCUACAAGCUCCACAGCUCUUUUUCCAGGGCUGUGUCGUUCCAGGACCUCUCCAGAACCAGUCUGGCCCGCAGCCAGGACCGUGUGGCAGAGGCUCGGAGGUCCCUCGAUGUCCUCUUCGAGUACGUCGCUCACAACAUCCCUCUGGAGUGGAUUGUGGGGCCCUUCAGGGCCAUGGCUAAGGUGGCACAGGACAGCAGAAAGCACAAGAAGAGAGAGAUGAGGAGUGAUAGAAAAUUACCCAAGUUGGAAAAGGCUCCACUAUCACAGGAGGUGACAAAGGCACCUGAAGAGCCAAAGGGAACCAAGAAGCUCUCAGAAAAAUGGUGUGAAGUGCUAGAGAAGCUGGAGGAGAAGGCAGGGAAAGACACAGAGGUAGCCCUGGCUGCAAAGGAGAUAAAAACCAGUGCAGCAGAGGAAAACCUCUGA